AUGAGUUGCAGUAAAACGCAGGGAACAUGGAACGAUUUGGAGGAAAUGAAAUAUUUGCUUUGUGCUAUUGAGUGCUGCAAAUGUCCAUGUAUACCACCCACACCUGUAUGUUCUGUCCUAUUACCACCGAGAAUCGAAGAAUUACCUGCAUAUAUGCCUGUUCAGAGACCCUGUUGUCCUCCACCGGUUUGUCCACCGAUGCUUCGUUGUCCAUCACCACCACCUUGUCCAGUUUCGUUUACUUCUUGUACGGCCUUACCUCCUUCUUGUCGGGUACCGAUAGUUCCUAGUCCUUGCAUUCCAUGUCCUCCAAUUUGUCCUUCAAGGGGUCCUCCACCAUUGCGUAUAGUACCAUGUUGCCCAACUUCAUUACCAUGCUAUCCAGUGAUAAUUGAUAUUUUAAUUUGGCAAGUGUCAAUGUUGCAUACUACAGGACAAUUGUAUUAA